AUGGCUACCAUUGCGGUACCGAGACCCAUUCCGCCCCACCAAUCGUCGUCUGGUAUCGUCACGCUAUCGUCGCCGAUAAGUCUCGACACAAUCAACACAACAUCACAAAAGCAGCAGCAGGAAGUGGUGCUUUGCCCUCCCAUUCCAAACAAACACAUCCCCGUGUGUCCAACAGGACCAGCUCCCGCGCAGGAGCCCAAUACCCCGCCGCCGACACCAACACAGGACGAUGAAUGCCGCCAAUCGUCGUUGCUCUUCCCGCCUGGUAGAUACAUUCGUCUCGAGCAAGGUUCGCUCUCUAUCUACAAAAUCAACGCGGCCGAUAUAUCAGCUGCGUUAGACUAUGUUUCGCGGCAACCACUCCCAACCCCAGGCCAGGUAUUCCCCUGGUUCCAUGGCCUACAUCCCAGCAACCAUAUCCAGCAAGCCUUCUUCAUUGCGCGCAGGAGGGCUCUGAGGAAGACCCCAAGUUGUCUGAGAGGAAUCACCGUGGUCAAGGCCGAUGGAGAUUUGUCCGUCUCACGUCUCAAGGGGGCCAUUGCACCAGAUGAGUUCAUGCAAUCCGCUUCUGGAGGCGAGUUUCUCGAAGUCGACCCCAAGGAAGGUUUUUCGGUGCGCAACUUCCAGAUUCAGUCCGCCAAGGCAGCCAUGACUUCGGACAUAAUCAUAUACGGCGAGGACUCUGCUCUUGUGCGGAAGCUAGGCUGGCAAAUUGCAUCCGCCCAAGCAAAGUGGCGCGAGAAGCACGAAAACCAGAGCUGCUCCGUCCCGACAUACAACACCUUUAUCUACGUGGGGCCCUUCGAGGUCUUUGAGCAGAAGCACGGUGAGAUUGUGUCGAUUGAUUCCGACGGACAUCUGACGGGUGCCGUACUCGACUUCUUCCAACAGGAGCGAACGGAAAUGUACGCCAUGACCAAGGCUUCUGAGAUAGCACAGAAUGUUUGGCUGGGUCCUACACCAGAACCUGGGAGUGAAGAGGAACAGCAGUAUGAUGUCUUGAUUGAGUGCAACGAUCUCGGACGGCUGAACCCAUCUGGUCUGAGAGCCAUCGCUCGUGGGUCAGAUGAGGAUGUAAAGCACCCGCUGUACCUGGACUUCCCCUCGUCUGGAAGCAUCCUUCCACCAACGUGGUCCCACGCAGAAGCAGACGGUAUACUGGAAACAUGCAAGUGGAUCUGGCAUCUGUCUCACGGAACCUUGCCGUCGAAAUCCGGCACAGACUACGACGGCGAUACGAACAUGUCAGAUGAUUCAGAGAGCAGCCUGGGGACUUGCCGCGCGAGGAAAAUCUUGUUACAUUGUGCAGAUGGCUACACCGAGUCAACCAUGCUUGGAAUUGCUUAUUUCAGCUACAGCACGGGCAGGCCUGUGCCCGAUGCGUGGCUGAACCUUCACACCACCAUGAAACGUAACUUCUUUGCAUACCCCACAGAUGUGGCUCUUCUCACGUCUAUCUCGAGCCGGUUGUUGUCCGAGUCGCCCGUGUGUGCCCACAAGAGCCUGUCGGACAUCACGGCCCUGCUGAAAGACGAACCGAAAUGGCUAGCUAGUUUGGAUGGGUCGUUCCCCAGCCGUAUCCUCGGUUACAUGUAUCUUGGUAACUUGGGGCAUGCCAACAAUCCCGACCUGCUCAGAGCAUUGGGUAUUGGCCAGAUAUUAAGCGUGGGAGAAACGGCCAUGUGGAGAGACGGCGAGCUGGAGAAAUGGGGACCCGAGAAUGUUAAAAUUGUCCAGGGCGUGCAAGACAACGGUAUUGAUCCCCUAACCGAUGAGUUUGAGAGCUGUCUGGAGUUUAUUGAUCGUGGCCGGCGUAACGGGACAGCUACACUCGUGCACUGCCGGGUCGGCGUUUCGCGCAGUGCGACCAUCUGCAUUGCCGAAGUCAUGCGAACUCUGAAUCUAUCACUUCCUAGGGCCUAUUGUUUCGUCCGAGCUCGGCGGCUCAACGUCAUUAUUCAGCCCCAUCUCAGGUUUGCAUACGAGCUGCUGAAGUGGGAGGAGAUAUUGCACGGAAGACGAUCAAGUAAUGAUGACCAUGAAAGUGGUGAGAUCAAGAGAGAACUGGAGUGGGGCGAGAUUGCGAGGGAGAUCGCUCUCAUGAAUCGACCUUAUGCCAGAUGA